AUGCAUGCCGCGCUUCGAGAUAAUUAUCCUCAGCCGCUGUUGCAGUCUGGUCCAAAUGGCUCCCAGCAGUAUGGUAUUGUCGAGAUUGAUGAAGGCACGGAGCUGCGUCUCUGUGGAGCAUUUGGUGGGGGUCGUAGCUCGACUGUUGUGGCUAGUGCUUGCCGAUGUCGAGCACUUCACGACCCGAACGACAGCGAGUGGAUCAAUCUCGUCGUCCCCGGAUAUGGCGCUUGCAAGGCCAAACUUGAUGACAGAGGCUUCGAGACCCCGGGUGUGUUGAUAGAUGUGUUGGUGCUGGUCACGAGGGGCCUUUGCUCGCUGAAACUAUACUUCAACGCAGAGGACGCUACAGCCGCGAGUCAUGUCGACCUUUGCGCUCUGGCUAGGGCUUGCCCCAAUCUCCUGUAUCUCUGUCUCAGAUAUGCUACGGUGGUGGUGUCUGAACAUGAAGCAGCUCUGCGCCUUUGGUCUGUGAAGACGAUCAAGUUAGACGAAUGUUCCUGCACGCUGGCUGAUCUUGUGGGGUGUUUGAGGGACCCAAAGUUACGAAUGGCUCGGGAGCUCGUUCAACUCAAGGUGACCCCGCGUAAGAAUGAAGAGUUUGCAGAGGAAGAAGUGCGCGAGGUGAUGGCUCACAAUGGUCAAUUCCUGCCCGUAGUCAAGGAAAAACUCACUACGAGUUCGAAGGCAGCCGUGAUCAGUGUCGUCACGGCCGCGACUUGGAGCACGAAGCCGAUUCACUGCCUGGACGCGUACAUUCUGAGCUCAAUCUUUGUAUUCGCAUCAACACCGACGCAGCGAUCGGUUGAAUGCCAGUGUAUGGGCUAG